AUGCGCACUCGACGCACCCUUAAAGGACACCUUGCUAAAAUAUAUGCUAUGCAUUGGGCCACUGACUCGAGAUAUCUUGUUUCAGCUUCUCAAGACGGAAAACUUAUUGUCUGGGAUGGACACUCUACUAAUAAGGUUCACGCUAUUCCUCUUCGAAGCAGCUGGGUGAUGACUUGUGCUUAUGCACCCUCUGGAAAUUAUGUUGCAUGUGGUGGCCUGGAUAAUAUAUGUUCAAUAUAUAGUCUUAAAACAAGAGAGGGAAAUGUUCGUGUUAGCAGAGAGCUGCCAGGUCACACAGGAUAUUUGUCUUGCUGUAGAUUUAUCGACGACAAGCAAAUAGUUACUAGCUCUGGUGAUGUCACAUGCGGCCUCUGGGAUAUCGACACUGGGCAGCAAAUCACUUCAUUUACUGGCCACACCGGCGAUGUGAUGAGCUUGAGCCUCGCUCCGGAUAUGCGCACCUUUAUUUCUGGUGCCUGCGAUGCCUCAGCUAAGGUGUGUACUAUGAUAAUACUCUGA